AUGUACCUUAACUUCACAGCUUCCAUCCCAGACAAUGCCACCCAAACGUCAAGCUUCUUAGCGACAGGAAACAGCCAGCGUGAAAUCAUUUUUAAAGUUUUCUUGACAAGAAGUGUCCUGGCUAUUCCGCUGGCGUUAAUUACAUCGUUUUCAAACGGGCUGGUAUUAUAUCUGUUCUACAAAGAUCCAAAGAAAUGCAUCCGUUCAUCCCCCACAAGUCUUCUGGUUGCCAGCUUGGCUCUAGUAGACUUCUUGGUUGGCUGUGCCUUGGAACCAACUGAUGUGUAUUACAACUGGUCGAUAGCUUUUGGAAAGAAGCCCCAGAUUGAUCGAAAGGACAUGCAGAGUGCAUCGGCCUUUCUCAUCCUUUGCUCUAUUUUGCUUCUGAUGUUGAUCACAUUUGACCGUUACACUGCAGUAUCCCAACCGAUCAAGUAUGCUCACAGAAUAACCAAGAAGAGAGUUUAUACCAGCGUGAUUUUCGUCUUCAUCUAUUGCACAACACUCAUCUUUGCUGUAAGAAGAUGGCUGGAACGUUACAGAAACGAACUGUUUUGUGGUCAUGUAGAUCUGGUCCUGAUUGUUACCACUGCUCUAUUUGGAGGUAUAAUUAUAUCUCUUCGAAAACAAACUCGAAAGCUGAAAAGACUUAGUGUAAGCUCCGAUGAUGUUUUCGUCGUGCAAGCAAGUGAGCGAGAAAGAAAAGUCACACUAACACUGUCUGUUAUGCUGGUAACAUUUUUGGCUUGUACAAUGCCGUGGUUUAUAAUGAUGCAGGUUUUUGAUUACUGUGCAAUUUGCCGAGAGAAAUGGUGGGUAAUGAGACUUCUAUUCAUUUUGGUUCAAGCAAACUGUGCUAUUAAUCCAUUCAUUUGCACUCUUCGGUUACCACGUUAUAAAGCGGGGCUUAAAAUGGCUUUAUCGCAAACAGCUUGUUACCGGCGUGCUUCUCCUUCAGCCUGGCAAGGACUUCAAGCUCACAGACUUAGAAAGCGUAGAUCAAGUAGUUACACCCCU